GGCGGGACCAAAGGGAGGCCUGCGUGGCAGCUGAGGACCGACAGAGCGACGGGUGGGCGAGCUCGCGUCCUCAACGGCUGCGCGCGCGAGGGGACGCGCGUGUGCGUGAGCGAGCGAGAACGAGUCGGUCAGUCCGAGUGCAUAAACCGAGUGGGGGUGGGAUUGGGAGCGCGCGGACGAGCACGAGCGGGUCGAAGUUGCGUCCCGGACUCCUUGCCCGCCCGCCCGCCUGCUUGCCCGAGGCGCGGGGCCCGAGAAGCCGCAACACCUCCCUUCUAGAAGCAGCAGGUUGUAGGCAAAGAGUGGCAUGUUACUAUGGAAGGACAACACAAUCAUCCAAAUCAUCUAGGGGACCAGAAUAAUCCACUCUGUAAAGUGGCAAGUCAAGAAUACCAGCAUGAUACUCAGCAGAGGCACCUGACAUCAUAUCCAUAUCGCUGCACAUUAGCAGACUUUCAAAUAGAGAAAAAGAUUGGACGAGGGCAGUUCAGUGAAGUCUACAAAGCCACUUGCCUUCUGGACAGAAAACCAGUAGCAUUGAAGAAAGUGCAGAUAUUUGAAAUGAUGGAUGCCAAGGCUAGACAAGAUUGCAUAAAAGAAAUAGAUCUUUUGAAGCAAUUGAACCACCCCAACAUAAUCAAGUAUUUGGAUUCGUUUAUUGAAGAUAACGAACUUAACAUUGUUCUGGAACUGGCAGAUGCAGGCGACCUCUCUCAGAUGAUUAAGUAUUUUAAAAAGCAGAAGCGGCUAAUCCCGGAAAGGACGGUUUGGAAAUACUUUGUGCAGUUGUGCAGUGCAGUUGAACACAUGCAUUCCCGCAGGGUGAUGCACAGAGACAUAAAACCAGCCAAUGUGUUUAUAACAGCUACUGGAGCAGUGAAGCUAGGAGAUCUUGGACUGGGUCGCUUCUUUAGCUCCAAAACCACUGCUGCACAUUCCUUAGUGGGAACACCCUACUAUAUGUCCCCAGAAAGAAUUCAUGAAAAUGGCUAUAACUUUAAAUCAGAUAUCUGGUCUUUGGGCUGUUUAUUGUAUGAGAUGGCAGCUCUUCAGAGUCCCUUCUACGGUGAUAAAAUGAACUUGUUUUCUCUCUGCCAAAAGAUAGAGCAGUGCGAUUACCCACCUCUUCCAGCUGAACAUUAUUCUGAAAAGUUGCGGGAACUGGUCAGCAUGUGCAUAUACCCAGAUCCUGAUCAAAGGCCUGACAUUGGUUAUGUGCAUCAGCUAGCAAAACAGAUGCACGUUUGGACCUCCAGCACUUGAAGAGUCAGCAGAUGUGCUCCACAGAAAGCCAGCCCAGCUUAGUCUUACUUGAACCUUCUGUCUCAGAACGAUACCAAGAGGUGCCUCACCAAAGUCAAGCAGGAGAGUCGAGCCUUCAUUGAAAGACGCUUCAUGAUUUCUGCAGGCCACUUGCAGGGGUUCUCACAGAGUGGAUACGUUCUCAGUGAAGACUGUGAGAGGCUGCUGCAAGUGUGUGUUCUUUUUAAAGCCAAUAACAUGUUACAGACGUAGAUAACUUAAGAUCCUUUCUUAAAACUGUUGUGUGUAAUCUAGGCUAGACUAAGAGCAAGGGUUUCUCACUGUGCAUUUGACACACCCCUUGUAUUUCAACUAAUGUGAAAUAUUGAAAUAAUUCCUUUGGUGAAAAUCAUUUUAUACUAAUGUAAGAAUUUCAGUAGAAUUUGCGUAAUUUUGUAUAACUGCUACUUUGCCUCUUUUUGCAAAUGGUUAAUAGCAAAUUCAGUUUCUAGUUCAUUUAUUUUUUAAAAGUAUCUGCCUGGAGUUUUCAUACUUCCUUUUGCAAAAAUAGAACAUGGAGAAAAGGAAACACCUUUGAAGGUUUUUUUUAAACUGAAAUGUUAAAAUGGUUGUUAUGCAAUGCAUUUUUAUUUGUCAAUGUGACUGCAGCCGAGGAUGACUCCAGAGGCUGCCCCACACCAAAGCUUUUUUGAAACUUUCCUUGCCUGUACUGGCACAGAAUUUGUGAGAAUCUCAAUAGCCAUUCUUACAUUAAGACCAGUGUUACUGUAAGCAAACGUUGAGGGUGGGAUACCUUUUUCUAAAAUCACUGUAACUUCAGCCACCAGCUACUUUAAAGCAGUGUUUUCAAACAUAAUGGAGGGGUAUGACAUUGAGCAAGAAAUAAUAUCACACUUAUUUACUGUGAAAACUCGUUUAUAAAUGUGAAUAUUUUAAACAACCUGAUUUGAAGGAAAUUUGUUAAGGAAAUUUUUUCUCACACAUUUUUAAAUCAGCCAAAUUACUAUCCGUAAAAAGAUUUCAUUUUGUAGAAGUGCCUAGUAGGAAUAGGGCUAAACUCUAGAAUUUCUAGAAUACAAUAUUUAGAAGUGUGACAUCAGAGUUCAAGGACUGGAGUGUGGCCUCUAUGCUAAAUUCUCAAAGUAAAUCCUACUUUGCAUAGAGAUAAAUGGCUAAACGUACUUUUCAGUGAGUUUCUACAGCUGACUUUCCGCUUUUAUAAGGAAAAGGGCAAUGCCAACUGCUAAACAAUUUUGAAGUAAUCCUACAAGAUGCUAAUAUCAAUCUAUUUAAUUGCUGUGAAGUUGCAUGCAUUACAAGCCCACAGAGAAGUCCAGUCUAUUGAUCUCUUCGAAGAACCAAGAAAUGUUCAGCUCUACCUGUAAUUCUGUGCUGAGCUGCUUACAAACUGAGGAGAAUAUUUUUUUUCUUUAAAAGCAAGCAAAGAGGUUGAUGGGUUUUUUGUUUUGUUUUUUGAUGUGCAACACUGAAUAAGUCUUUGGCUGUUGAGAGUUUCAAAUUACAUAUUAGUCUGUUAACUCUGGUCUCUUUCUUGCUACUUAAGAUCUUUUAGUGCUUAAGUAAAUGUUAUUUCCAAAGAAAAUUUUGCAACUGUGCAUUUUAAAUAAGACUUAAAUGACUUAAUAAACAGUUUUCUUUGUUAAAAA